AUGGAGGAGGAGGCUCUACUCGUGGGUGGAGAAAUAAAUUCUAUUGAUUUUCAUCGUAAGGAUGAUAUACUAGUCACUGCUAGUGAGGAUGAUUCAGUGCGGCUCUAUGACAUUGCAAAUGCUAAGUUGCUUAAGACCACAAAUCAUAAGAAACAUGGAGCUGAUCGAAUAUGCUUUAUCCAUCAUCCGAGUUCUGUUAUAUGUUCUUCGAGAUAUAAUUUGGAUUCUAGUGGUGAAUCACUCCUGUAUCUUUCAAUGUAUGAUAAUCGGUGCCUUCGCUACUUUAAGGUGCACAGAGAUAGAAUUAAUAGGUCAAUCCGUGGGACAAGAAAUGAAUUAGUAGCAAUUUUUUGGUGCAUAUUCCACAUAUAA